UAAUUCUUCGUGGUGUCAAACACAUCACUGAGGGAACGGAAACAACAUGCACCUGUUAAAAAUAACUUUAUGCUUUUGAAAUGUGUUGCACUAUUGGUGUGUUAACAUCAGGGAAGUGACAUCUCACUAAUCACAGGAAACACAAAUGAUCUUAAAGAGCCAUCGGAUGCAGCCCCAUCAAGAUUAAGAACAAGAAAGAAGUGAGACAGAGAACCACAAUGGAUGAAUUCAUAUGGAUUCAAAUGUUUGCAUUGCUGCUGAUUCAGAUUACAGCAAGAACUGCAAAUGUAACAUCCAUUGUUAUGAAACUCGGAGAUGACGUCACUCUUCUUUGUCUGAAUGCGAUGGAUGACCAGAAUACCUGUAACAAUACAAUGUGGGCCUUUGCUUCAAGAAACAAACCAACAGCAGAGCUGUUCAGGUUUGGGGAAAUUGGUGAAUAUGCCAAAUCUAAAUCAGACAGACUGAGUGUUGCUGUAAACUGUUCUCUGGUUAUAAAGAAGCUCACAGCUGAGGAUGUUGGUCUUUAUUUUUGUCAGCAAUACAAGUUGGGGAAAAAACAAGCGCAACACUCUCUACUUCAUCAGUUGGUGGUUGAUCUCUCUCUUAUUACUUUGAAUGAACAUAAAGACAAUAGUAAGGCAAUUUUAAGCUGCUCUGUGCUGCCAUAUGAAGAGUGUCAUCACACAGUGAAGUGGCUGAUUGACAGUCAAGAUGUGGACAAAGAGAACAAAGAAGUAUUGACCAUGCAGACUGACUGCUCCACCACUGUGUCUUUUCCAAAAUCCCAUGAAUUAUACUCAUUAAAAUAUAACUCAGUGAAAUGUGAAGUGACUGAUACUGGCACAGGAGAAGUGCAGCAGUUUACCUUCAUCAGCAAUCAGCGCUCUGGCCAAGACACAGAUUUUUCUGUUUCUUUGAGGCCCAUUGUUGUCUCUGUGGGUUUAGCAACACUUUUAAUAACUGCUGUAACAGUCAAAAUAUGGAUAGAAGUUAAAGGGAACAAAACACUGAUGGAUAAAACCACAACGGGACAGACGGUGCGCAGCAACGCGCCUAAGGAUGUUUAA